GUUCGUGAGUGUCGCGUAUUAAAUCGUGUUAAUGCUAUUAUCAAUAGUCUACAAGUGUCUUUUGCGACGGUGAUAGUGAAUUGCUAAACAUGAAACUUGAUUAUCAAGUUCUACAAGAUUGAAGAAAACACGCCAUAUUACACAUAUUUCUUUCUUAGUGAUUUAUUUCAUUUUGAUAUUAAUCUAAAUUCUCAAUUUCUGGGAAACGAAUUCUGUAUUCAUAGAUCCAUUUAUAAGUUUUAGAAUGAUGUGCGCAUUUGUCACCAAGUAAAACAACUAGGUGUAACUUUUGGCAAUUUCACCAACGACUUUAAAUAAAUCGCUUUAAAUAAAUUCUACGUAAACGACAUCUAUAUUAGAAAAUGUUAACAACAUGAGUGUAUAACAGCAUAUGUGAAUUUUGCACGAAGCACUUUCAACCUGUUUUCAACGCGUUCCUUGUUGUUUUAAAGGAGAGACAGAUAAUCAUCAAAAUGGCGAUGAUAACGAGUUAUUGGACUUUAGAUAGUCUAAUGAUUUUAAUAACACUCGUGCUGGCCGCAUAUCUUUAUAUGACUCGCAAAUUCAACUACUGGAUAAAACGAGGCGUUUUCGAGAUAAAACCGUUGCCAUUUUUUGGCAACCUCAUGAACGCUAUACUUUUUAAAGAAUCUCCUGGCUUCGUUUUGAGGAACUUGUACAACAAAUCAAAGGGACAACGUUACAUAGGUUUUUAUAUGCUCGACAAGCCUUGCUUGUUGAUACGCGAUCGAAAAAUAAUCAAGAACAUACUAGUAAAGGAUUUUAAUAACUUCUGUAAUCGAGUAAGCUAUACUCAUUCAAAUGAUCUCAUGGGUCGCAGUACUCUCGUAUUCUUGAAAAAUCCAACAUGGAAACUUUUAAGAAGAAAGCUAACACCAAUGUUCACAUCCGACAAGCUCAAGAAAAUAUUCGAUUUGUUGAUGAAAUGCACUGUUAAUCUAGACACAUAUCUCGACACAUUGGGACUAGAUGAAAAGAAAAUAGCAAUCGAUGUGAAGGAUAUAUUUGGAAAUUUAAUCACGGAUAUGAUCGGUAGCACUGCUUAUGGACUCAAUAUUGAUUCAGUGAACAAUCCAGAAUGCGAUUUUCGUAAGAGGGGGAGAGCGAUAUUCGAAUUUAACAUCUUGCGCGGUUUGGAGUUGUUUGCAAUUUUCUUCUAUCCUGAUAUAUCCCAUUUGUUCCAUGUAAAUUUUUUCGGCAGACAAAAUAUUCACUUUUUACGCAAUGUUUUCUGGAACGCAAUCAAUGGUCGCAUAAAGUCUGGUGAAAAACGAAACGACCUCAUCGAUAUUCUGAUUGACUUUAGGAAAAAAUAUGCCGGUCAAGAUUUGGGGGAGUUCCAAAUCCAAGACAGACUCAGGGAAGAAAUUCUCGACGCGUUUAUAGCAAACGAUGGAAAAAUCACAUGCAAAAUGAUUCUGUCAUUACCGUAUCUUAAUAUGGUGUUCUCUGAAACCUUAAGGAAGUACCCAAUAUUGACCACUCUAAAUCGCGAAGCGCUGGACACUUACAAAGUGGCGGACUCCAAUCUAGUUAUCGAAAAGAAUAUGCCGGUUUUUAUUUCGUUACUUGGCUUGCACUUUGAUCCGGAAUACUUUCCCAAUCCUGAGAAAUAUGAUCCAGAACGAUUCAAUAAAGAGAACAUCCAUAAAAUACCGCCUUACGUAUAUAUGCCAUUUGGAGAAGGUUUCCGCAAAUGCAUAGGUGCUCGUCUGGGUAUUUUGCAGACAAAACUAGCGCUGGUCAAAUUUCUGAGCCAAUACGAGGUAACACCGUGUGAGAAGACUCUAAUACCGAUGGUUAUCGAUCCGAAAGGUACUGUGACGUCGCCAUUAGGCGGCAAAAUAUGGCUCAAUGUACGAAAGAUUAAUACAAAUACAUAUGUAAUUACUAAAAUGGCGUUAAUCACGAGUUACUUGAUUUUGGACACCAUAAUGAUUGUAAUAAUAACAAUCGUGGUAGCCGCAUACUUUUUCAUGACUCGCAAAUUUAACUACUGGAAAAAACGUGGCGUUACCGAGAUAAAACCGUUACCAUUUAUGGGCAACAUCGGGAACUUCUUAUUGCAAAAGCAAAGUAUUGGUUUUAUCUUGAAGGACUUUUACGAUCGAUCGAAGGGGCUACCUUAUAUAGGCUUCUACGUAUUUGAUAAACCUUGCUUGUUGAUACUUGAUCAAGAAUUAAUAAAACAUGUACUAGUAAAGGACUUUAAUAAGUUCUGUGACCACCACAGUACGUCUAGCUCACAGGAUCGCAUCGGACACUCCUCUGUCCUAUUCAUAAAAAAUCCAACCUGGAAAACUGUAAGGAACAAUUUAACGCCACUAUUCACAUCGGGCAAGCUGAAAAAAAUGUUUAAUUUGUUGGUGGAAUCUGUUGUCAAUCUAGAUUCGUAUCUUGAUAAAUUAGAAUUAAAUGGUGAGGGAAAAGAGAUGGAAGUGAGGGAUUUAUGUGGUAAUUUAACGACAAAUAUGAUUGGUAGCACCGCUUAUGGACUCAAUAUUGACUCAGUGAACGAUCCGGAGUGCGAGUUCCGUAGGAAAGGGAAGCAAAUUUUCACUUCAGGUAUCUUUCGUGGAUUCGAGUUGUUUUUGGUGUUCUUCUAUCCUGAGAUAUCUCGUUUCGUGAAUAUAAAGUUCUUUGGGAACGCAGCCACUAACUUUUUACGCAAUGUUUUCUGGGAUACGAUCAAUCAUCGUUUAAAGUCCGGUGACACGCGUGACGACUUAAUUGAUAUACUUAUCCAGCUUAGGAAACAAUAUGGCGAUCAGGAUUUUGGAGAUUUCAAAUUCAACGGGGACGAUCUAGUGGCGCAAGCGGCCAUUUUCUUCACCGGCGGCACCGAGACAACUUUAUCCGCAAUGUCUUUCGCGUUAUACGAACUCGCGAUGCAGCCACAAUUUCAAGACAGACUCAGGGAAGAAAUUCUCAAUGCGAUCAACGAGAACGAAGGAAAAAUCACAUAUGACAUGAUCCUGUCAUUGCCGUAUCUCGAUAUGGUGGUCUGCGAAACUAUGAGGUUGUACCCAAUAAUAGAGAAUCUAGAUCGCGAAACAGUGGAAUCUUAUAAAAUACCAAACAGCGAUUUGGUUAUUGAAAAGGGUACGCCAAUUUACAUCUCGUUACGUGGUAUGCACUAUGAUCCGGAAUACUUUCCCAAUCCUGAGAAAUACGAUCCAGAACGAUUCAGCGAGGAGAACAGAUCCAAAAUACCGCCAUACGCAUAUAUACCAUUUGGAGAAGGUCCUCGUAAGUGUAUAGGUAUCCGCUUGGGACUUCUGCAAACCAAAUUGGGAAUCGUAAAAUUGUUGAGCAAGUACGAGGUAACACCUACUGAAAAGACUCACAUACCAAUGACAAUUAAUCGCAUAAGCCCAAUAACUAUGCCGACAGAUAAUAAAAUAUAUCUCAAACUACGAAAACUUAGCACAAGUGCCCAAUAAAAUCAGUGCCAAAUAAAUUCAACCCCAUUUCCUAACCAUGAAAUAUAUGCAAUUCGUUCGAUUUGCUGCACUGAGGAAAAAAUCCUUGAGAAUUUAUUAUAGGGAUAUAAAUAAUUUAUUAUAGAAAUAUAAAAUUUAUUCCUGGGAAAUAAAAUUUAUUUCCGUGAAUAAACUUUAUAUCCUAUAAAUAAAUCAAGUAUUUUUUCUUAGUAUAAAUAUGUGACUCCUAAUAAAAAAUCAUUCGACUAUGUUAAUAAUAAGUAUAUCGUAAUAAACGAAUAAUGUUUAAUGUUAGUUGUACAAGAUAUAUGAAAACGAGACGACUCGCGUCUCAUUCCGUAUUAUAUAUAUUCAUACGUUGCACUAAAUAAAGUUAUUGUUGUUGUUAUAAUUAUUAUAUUCAUAGACAUAUGACUUAUAUAUUAUAAAGUUAAAAGAGUUA